UGGAAAAUAUUUCAAAGCGAAAAAUCCUGUGUUUAAAAAAAGUAUUAAAAUCAUUUUUUUUGUUUCGUAAGUGUAAAAGAAAAUUUAGAAACAGUAAACUUAACUAAAUAAUAACUUGUUGGUUCAAACUUUUUAUUCUGGCGUGACAAGCAUUGUGGUAACUGAGAACUAAACAACUGAUAAAAGGCGUUUUUUGCGCGCGUUUAAUUAUUUGCCUAUGUUUUUGUAUGUACGCAAGCUAAUAUUUAACUAUCGAACUAUGAGUGGGAACACGCCUUUUAUUGGCUUGCUAUGUAUGGAUCGGAAGGAUGGCAUGAAAAAGGAGAUUCGCAGUUAUAUCGACAGUAAAUAUGUAGGAUAUUUGGUAGCUGGUGGAGCUAAAGUUGUGCCCAUUUGGAACAAUAAAGACCUGGAGUAUUAUUACGAUAUAUUAAAUAAAGUAAAUGGAGUUCUAUUGCCAGGAGGUGCAGUUUAUGUGAAUGAGCACGAUCCUUCACGCUUGGAUUUAACCAAUUAUUAUGUACGAGCAACUGAGAUAAUAAUACGCAUAGCGAAAGAAAAGUUUGACAAAGGAAUUCAUUUGCCUAUUUGGGGAACUUGUCUGGGAUUUCAACUUUUGGUGCUUUAUACCACCGAAACGGCGGCUACAACUUACGGCACGGAUCCACGUAAUAUUUGCCAACCCAUGAACUGUGAUUUGAAAGUCGAGUUUCUAUCAGAUUUUCGGGACUCAAGGCUUUUUGCACAUUUGCCACCCGAAUUGGAAAUUAUCAUGCGGAACGAACCUUUUGGUCGACAUCGACAUAGGUAUUGUUGGACCAUUGAGUCAUGCAAAAGUUUUAAUGAUUGGCAUAUUUUGGCAAAAAACACGGACGGAAAUGGCACUGAGUUCGCUUCGAUUAUGGAACACCGCAGGUACCCAUUUUACGGCUCGCAAUUUCAUCCGGAAUCAGACUGCCCGGAGCAUUGCUUGAAAGUAAGAGAAUAUCUGGCAAAGUUCUUUGUGGGUGAUAGCGGCCGCUAUCCUAAUAGAUUUGUGAAUGCCGAGCGUUAUGAAAUACAAAAUUUUCCUAAAAUCGCAGGGAAAGGUAAUGACCAAAUCUAUGCAUUUGGUGAAUCGCCUGAUUAUCCUGACUAGAAGAAUUUGGCUUAAGUUUAUAAUAAUUGAAGGCUGUUGCAAACUCUUAAUGUUUUUUAGUUUAAUUAUUUUCAUACUUACUUAUUUGUAUUGUGAUUAAUUUUAUAUAUUAUAUGUGAUUAAUUAUGUGAUAAAUUUAAUUUUUUUAAAAAUCGUGUUUUAAAA